AUGGACUCCAUCUCUGUUGAUGUGGGACAACUGAAGAAGGGCGAGGUCAAUCUCGGAACCUCGAUCAUGGCCGUGAAAUUUAAAGAUGGGGUGAUCCUCGGCGCAGACAGUAGAACUACAACAGGCUCGUAUAUUGCAAACAGAGUCACCGAUAAAUUGACACAGAUUCAUGAUAAGAUAUGGUGUUGUCGGUCUGGAUCGGCAGCAGACACCCAAGCGGUGGCCGAUAUGGUUAAAUACCAUCUGGAAUUGUACAAGUCCAACAACGGUAGACCCCCAACUACGAAAAUUGCUGCAUCCUUGUUCCAGGAGAUGUGUUAUGCCAAUAAAGAGAUGCUCACCGCUGGAAUUAUUUGCGCUGGUUAUGACGAGAAAACAGGCGGCGAGGUCUACAGCAUUCCUUUGGGAGGCUCUUUGCAUAAGCACAAUUACACAAUUGCUGGUUCCGGUUCCGCUUUCAUCUACGGUUACUGUAAGAAGAACUUCAAGCAGAAUAUGACCAAAGAUGAAACAGUUUCGUUCGUGAAAACAUCGCUUUCUCAGGCCAUCAGAUGGGACGGAUCCUCUGGUGGUGUUAUUCGUAUGGUGGUGUUGACAAAAGAGGGAAUUGAACGUCUCAUCUUUUAUCCUCAUGAAUAUAUAGAUGCUUAA